AUGCGACUCGAGUGCGUUGCCACGCCACCGAACGGCGACCGUCUGUGGGCGAUUUGCGCCGAAUUCGGUCUCAUCUGGACCUUCGACCAGCCGUCUCCAUCCCGCAUCAAUCCGCUCCAAGACGCCCAGUGGCAGUGUCUGGGCUUCUCGCCAUCUGGAGCUUCGUGGGAUCUGCUUGCUCCCAGUUCUGCGGACUACGUCUGGGCUGUCGAUGUUGAGGGACGUCUGUGGGUUCAUUUGCUCAGCACACAGGAGUCCGAUUCUACGGUGAUGUGGAUCAGCGUAGCGGCUCCCAGGCUUUCCGAUAUCUCCUGCAGUCCUGAUGGCAAGGUGGGUGGACUGUAA